GAUGCCUGCAGAGGCUGGGGUGGGGGGCAGACACCUGGUCACUGACAGAGGAGGCAGAGGCUGGGGGUGGAGGAGACCAGACACCUGGUCACUGAGGGAGGAGGCAGAGGCUGGGGGUGGGGCAGACACCUGGUCACUGAGGGAGGAUGUAGAGCCUGGGGUAGGGGGGACCGAGAGCUUGAGUCCCUGCAGGAAGUGGACCUCAAGAUCCCCAGGAGCCAGAGGGAAGGUCAGUCUUCAGGAGUGAAGGGGUUAACUUGCCCAAGCGUCACCUGAGCUGGGCAUCGAGUUUCCUGGUGCUGGUUCCACCCCAGUUCGGGGGAGGGGAAGGGGAAGGGGAAGGGGAAGGGAAAGGUCUCAGGCCUCCCUGAGGAGACACCCCCGUCCUGGGUGAGACUGGAGAUCCCUGUGAAGGGGCUGGUCCUUUUCCUUGGAGGAUAGAAAGUUGGGAGAUAGGAUGCUUGGGUCCCAGGCGGGGGCACCUAGCAAGAAAUGCCCCACCCCCUUCCAGCCCCCGUCCCUGUAGGUCCCAGGUGUCAUCAGGGACCCUGGCAGCUGCCCCUCGGGAGGCUGGCACCCAGAAUCCCAAUUCUUUCCCCCUUAACUCUUGUAUCCAAAUUCCCCUUCUCGCUUCCUCCUCCCCGCCAGGCCCUCGAGGCCCCUCCUGGACCUGGACACCCUGAACCUUCCCACUGCCGCUCCCUGCAGCAGAUGCCUGGACCUUGGCCCCUGCCGGGAGUAGCUGCUGGUCCUACCUGACGCUGCAGCUGCAGGGUCCUUGGAGGAGAUCUCCACACCUGUGACUGGCCUAGCUGGGACAAGAGGCUGACACCUGAGUCCAUGAGCCUUCCUGGUUAAUGAUCAGCCAGAAGCAGAGCAGGCCAGGGUCCUGCUGGUGUCGGGGGGAGGGUCCGAUGCGAAGGAGAGAACCCUGGAGCACAGCCACCCUUGAGGAGGGCGGGCCGGCCCCAACUGCCCACUAUGAGGGCAUCUUCCGACGCCUCAGUCGGCAUCGUGGCCGAUUGAUUGCCUACAGCCUGGUGUUUGAGGACCCUGCCUCAAUCCAGGAGCCAGACUCAGAUACUGACUCAGAUGGGCCUGGGCCUGGCCCAAGGGUUGGGAUUGGGAGAGAGAGGGGUGGUCCCCCGCUGGAAGGUCCCACAGCCGAGCUGGAAUGGGACCCCACUGGGGAUGUGGGGUGGCUGGGUGCCCUCAGGAGCAGGAGAGUCUGGACACCGGGGUCUCCCUGUGAAGUGUGUGGACGUGCUGAGCCCCUGGCGGUGUGGUCCCACAGGCCGUGGGGCCCCUCCCGGUCUUCUUUCCACACUCAGGACAGGGAGCAACCAAGCCUCCGAAACGUGACUGUGCAGAUCCCUCUGGGCUCUGGGGGUCAUAAGGAGGGGGGAGCUCGGCCCCGCUGGACCCGCCGGACCCUACUCUUCCUGCUGCUUCUGCUCCUGCUGGGGGUCGCAUGUCUUCUCCCGCCCCCCGGGGGGCCUCACUGCCCCCCUCCUCGGCUCCGUGGGCCCUUGCACCUCGUCCUCAACUACGUCAACGGCCCUCCCCCAACCUGAGCCCCCGAGGGUCUUCUGAGGAGACCUCCUUUUCUUCCUCUGGAUCCCUGGAAUAAAUGUUGAAAACCCAG